AUGGGAUCCAAACCUAUUGACGUGUCGUUCCCGGUAAUCGUGGCUGAGGAGGUCACGAUAGAAUUGUUGGUGGAAGCUGACACUACCGACGUGCUGCAAGAGCUCGUCGCUGUUGAGCUAUUUGGAGUGACCGGGAUGGUGCUGAUUGUCCCAGAUGCCGAGCUUGCACAUGAAGUUGAAGAAGCACUGCUUGGUAUUGUUGCGUUUUCGGAGGUGGAACCUCCACUGAAAGAGCUGCUCAACGUUGUUGAUGAUGAUGAUGAUGAUGAUGAUGAUGAUGAUGAAACAGGAGAGAUAGGUGGAGAGGUCGGCAAAGAACUGGAAGAUGGCACGUCUGAUGCUGAGUCGGAAGACGUCGCCGUUGAUUCCUCGGAGCAAGAAGUCAGGCUGCUUGUCGAACUUGCAGCACUACUUGGAGAAGGUAGAACUGAGACAGCUGUGCCGGAAGAAGUGGUAGAAAAUGGAGCUGUCGUCGUAGGAUACGAGGACGUUUGA